ACGACUUUGUAUUUCAUUUUUAUUCAGCAUUUUUAUUUAAUCGAAGGACAUUGAGACUUUACAGGAGCGCAUGUUCAUGAUGAAGAUCUCUGCAGUCCUCGCUGUCUUCAUUCUCAGUGUCUGUCACCUGUACAGCUCACACGCAGCGCCAAUCAGACCUGCAUUAGACUCUUUAUCAGACCGGGUGGUUCUAAGUGAUUAUGAAGCUCGCAGGUUACUGAACGCCAUCGUUAAAGAGUUUGUGCAUAUGACAGUGGAAUCAGAUCAGAGGAUUGACAACAACAGCGAGAGCAGAGUGCUGGUGAAACGCUGCUCGAGCCUCAGCACCUGUGUCCUUGGAAAACUUUCACAAGAGCUGCACAAAUUACAGACGUUCCCGCGGACUGAUGUUGGUGCGGGGACGCCUGGCAAGAAACGCAGCGCCAACUAUGGGGAAAAGCUCGAUAUUGCCUAAACCCUGCACCCUCCUUUAAUCUGCCUUUCUUUUCUCAUUCUAUCAUUUACCUCUCCAAUUCCUGUUGCAUGUGGAUUUCCUGCCUGAUUGAUUGACCACACAUUACACACACACACACACACACACACACACACACACACUUUUAUUUUCUGUCUGUGAAUGAGUACCUUUCUGUACAGAAUGUGGCUUUUCCUAAAUGUAGUUUUCUUACUAAACCUCAGAUAUUUUAAAGCUCCAUCUGGAACUCUAGAAUGCACAACACUAGCGUGUAUUCAGCCAACCGGAGACAGGGGGCGGGACUAAUACAGACUUCCUACAUGGCAUCAUUUACAUUUCUGCUCAAGUGACAUCAAAGGCUGAUGAACACACUCUGAGCACGAACAGACACGUGAUCAACAUUUGUCUGAUUAAUGAAAUUCUAGCUUGAGGAAAGCUAAUAACGUAGCAUCAGUGUGUAACUACCUUAUAUUUAGGAUUCUUUUUCACUAGUGGAGACUUUAUCAUAUUAAAAUAAACAAAGACAGAUCCCACCUGCUGUCCCCUGAGAAACUCUUUCUUUCUAUCUGUAACAUGAAUCUAGAGAUUGUACGUGACGUUUGUCCUUCUGAGAGGGUCAUGAACCUCGGAUGCUAGUGAUUGGAUAAAAGUCUUCAUUACUGAGUUUCUGUAACUGAUCUUUAAACAUUACAUGAAAGAAAAGCUGGAGUCAGUCAUGUGUAGUGUGAAGAGCUGAACAACCAGAACAGUGUAACAUAGUUUAAUAAACUUAUUUUUCUAUCAGGAAGCUACUUUAAUUUCAUUUUCUUAAGUGAACAGCACACACACACACACACACACACACACACACGUACACACGUACACACAUGCACACACAGGUACACACACACACACACACGUACACACACACACACACACACGUACACACAUGCACACACAGGUACACACACACACACGUACACACACACACGUACACACACACACAGGUACACACACACACGUACACACACACACACACACACACACAGGUGCACACGCACACUCUCUCACACACACACACAAACACACACAUACAAGAAACACGCACACUCACUCACGCACACUCACUCACACACACACAAACAUGCAGCAGUCAACAAGAAACACACAAUGUUACCAUUACACAAUAAUAACAAUGUUAUUAUUAAUAUUAACACUAACAUUAACAGUAACACUAACAAUAACAUUAAUAAUAACAUUAACACUAACAUUAACACUAACACUACAAUAACAUUAAUAUUACCACUAAUAUUAACACAAUAACACUAACAUUAACAUUAGCAUUAACAUUAACACUGACACCAACACUUAACAUUAACACUAACAUGAAUACUAACACUAACAUUAAUUCUAAAACUAAUAUUAACAUUUACACUAACACUAACAUUAAUAAUAACAUGAAUUCUAACAUUAACACUAGCAUUACCGUUAAGAUUAACAUUAAUUCUCAUACUACAGAGCAGGAAUACAGCCUGCAUGUGACACAAAUACAUUAUCAUCAUCAUCAGCAGCAUUAUCAUCAUCAUCAUCAUCAUCAUCAUCACACGCACACACACACACACACACACACACACACACACACACACUAUGUAGUUGAAUGUUUAUAAAAGCUGACCCUAAUACACAUUGAGCAUCAGUAAGAAGAGUGUGAACAGGUAAGAGAACUGAGGGACACACACACACACACACACAUACACACACACACACACACACACACACAUUUAAACAUUUGUGUGUUUGAUACUGAAUAUAAUUGUGCAUGUGUUUAAUAUGUAUUUAAAUGUGUUUAAGGAUGUGAUUGUGUCAUUAUUUAUACAUUUGCAUUUCAGUGUGUGUGUAUGUGUGUAACACCAUUCAAUGAUUUGUGUGUGUUUGUAUGUGU